AUGCGAGGCAGGAGCGUGUUCGCCGGCGCGGCGCUAGCGGUGGCGCUGGGCAGCCCGUUGUGCGCAGGCGCACCCAAGAUCGACAUCCGGAUCAUUCCUCGCCCGCGUCCGGAGCCAGAGGUGCCGCCAGUGCUGCUACCGAUCCCGUCGCGCGACCCACUUCCCGCAUUCCAAGGCAAGUUCACGCUGCCCCGAAAGAGACCAUUUGUCAAGGAGCUGGAGUCAUUGCCGUGCGUCCAUGAGGAGCGCGAGAUGCAGAAGGGCAAAGCGUAUACGCUGGACCUGUGCCACCUAGCCAACGUGACGAUCGUGGCGAAGUUCGACAAAAAGGUCGAGGAGGAGGUUGAAGUGGAGGUGGAAAUGACUGAGGGCGCAUCAGAAGUCACCAACACGGCGGAAGGUGAUGCGAACCCGGAGUCUCAGGAGGAGGAAGAAUCGAAAAUCCCCACGAUUCUAGGUAUUUUCCGCGGCUGGCACAUCGAUCCUAUCACGCUGAAGUACAAGUACAUGAUCUAUGACGACGGAGACGAAUGCAAGGAUAACGAUCGCUAUUCCAUGACUGUGGAGCUAAUUCCCUCCAGCAACCCGGAAUCGAACACGAAGCUGUUCGGUCUGAAGAAGACAGGCAUGUGCACGUUCAGGGCGUCACUGCUCACGUAUGUUCCGGAAGAAGAUCGCGUUGCAGCGGAGGGAAUUCAUACGCCGGGUGUUGUGGACAUCAGUGACGCAGAAUCCUCAUUGCCAGUGAUCUGCGGUAAGAUGAAGUGCCGCUAUGGGGACAUCUCGAAACGUGUGCGGGAUUUAUCGGAUCAGAUCCGAGGAGUUCAGGCUACAAUGACGGCCGGGACCUCUGACGAGAGCACGCUUUUUACCAACAUGACUCUAGAGGCAUCGAAGAACACCCUAGAGUCUGCCACGCAAAUCUUAGAGAAAUCGCUGGAACUCUUCCGCGACAUUGAGGACUUGCAGCGAUCUUUGACGAACGACUUCCUCGGACGCGAAGAGGUCGCGAAGAAGGAGAUUGCGGCGCAAGAAGCCGAAGACGAAAAGAGGGAGGAGGAGGAGGAGGAGGAGGAGGAGGAGGAGGAGGAGGAGGAGGAGGAGGAGGAAAAGGAGACGCAGCAGGAAGAGGAGGAAACCGACAAUGAUGUCAUUGCCGCUGCUACUGAGCAAGAAGCGGAGAGCUGA